AUGGGAAACAAACAGAAGAAGACAGGAAAAGGCCGGCUGGAUAAAUACUACAAGCUUGCAAAAGAGCAAGGCUACCGUGCCCGGUCAGCAUUCAAACUCAUACAGCUGAAUAAGAAGUAUAACUUCCUCGAAUCGGCAAAAUGCUGCAUCGAUCUUUGUGCUGCACCUGGUGGAUGGCUUCAAGUCGCUUCUAAAUAUAUGCCAGUAAAUUCCGUAAUUGUUGGGGUCGAUCUCGUGCCUAUCAAGGCCAUCCCCCGAGUCAUCACACAUGCAGCAGAUAUCACCACCCCACGAUGCCGCACCCUCCUCCGUGAAAGUCUCAAGGACUGGCAAGCCGAUGUCGUUUUGCAUGACGGUGCACCCAAUGUCGGUACCGCCUGGGUUCAAGACGCAUAUACCCAAAGUGAACUGGUCCUAAUGUCUCUCAAACUGGCCGUCGAAUUCCUCAUCAAAGGCGGCACCUUCGUCACGAAGGUAUUUCGUAGCGCCGACUACAAUAAUUUACUUUGGGUCUUCAAUCAACUCUUUGGCAGAGUUGAAGCUACCAAACCUCCGUCGUCUAGGAAUGUCUCCGCAGAAAUCUUCGUCGUGUGCCGAGAUUUCCUAGCCCCGGCCAAGAUUGACCCCAAGUUCCUAAACCCAAAGCAUGUUUUCAAAGAACUCUCUAUGUCCAAACCUACUGAGAACGCUGCCAUGAAUGUGAAUGCACACGAAAACGUCUUCCAGCCUUCCAAGAAACGUCGUCAACGUGAUGGUUAUGCCGAGGGUGACUACACAUUAUUCCACUCAGCGACUGCAGAGGAUUUCGUGAGAGGCGAUGACCCUAUUACAUUAUUGGGUACGAACAAUCGGAUCACUUUCAUCUCUGCUGAAGAAAAAUCAUGGCUCAAGCUUCCGUGUACUACCGAGGAUGUCUCAGCCAAUUGUGCGGAUCUGAAGGUCCUUGGCAAAGGUGAUUUUAAAGCUCUGCUCAAGUGGCGGGCAACCAUUCGCGAGGAGAUUGGUCUGGAAUCUCGUUCGAAGCCGACUGCCGAGUUCACAGAAAUGGUUGAAGUCACGGAAGGGGUCGACGAGGAAGAGCAAAUACAAGAAGAGCUUGAAAGGCUCAAUACCGAGGCUACAGCGCGGCGCAAACGCGAACGCCGCCGAGCGAACGAAGUCAAGACAAAGGCAAUCCAGCGAAUGCAAUUACAAAUGACGGCACCCAUGGAUAUUGGGAUGGAGCAGGAGGGACUUACUGGAGGCCCAGACAUGUUUGAUCUUGGUAUUGCUGAGCGGUCGAUUCAUCAUGAGGAGAUGGAUGUCGAUGAUCUAGGAGAUGAGAUGGGGGAAGAAGACGGCGAGAAUGCAGAGGAAGAGGAAGGCACCCGAAACAAUCGUAAUCCUGCAAGCAUGGAAGAAUCGGAUGACGAUGAAACCAAAAUAUCCCGGCUUGAAGAGGAGUUGGAUGGGUUGUAUGAUGCAUACCGUCAGCGUAUGCAGGAACGCGAUUCCAAGUUCAUGGUCAAAGAGGAGCGUAGAAGGAACAAGGAGUUGGAGGAGUGGGGGGGUAUUCGUGAAGUUGGACAAAGUGAGAGUGAAGAUGAGGAUGAGGAGAGUGAGGCAGGAGAGAGGGGUUGGGACAAGGUACAGGCUGCUAAAGAGAGAUAUUGCGAGACGGAUUCCGAUUCAGAAGAUGAAGACGCUCAUGAAAAUGCCUCCGAGCCACGGGGUAUCAAGAGACAGCGCAACGUUGAGGAUGCGCCGAAUAAGCGACGACGCAAACUCAUUACCCCCUUGGACAGUGCUGAACCUCCCGGGAAAGCUGCUAGCGUUUGGUUUGAUCAGGCGGUCUUCAAGGAUCUCGAUCAAGAAAUACAAGCACUGGGAGAGGACGAGAAUGAAGCCGACCUCAAUGACGGUGAAGAUACAACCGAUAUAGAGGACGAGGGAAAUUCGGAAUCUGUCAAAACUGUGAUCCCUACAGAGGUCGACGAUGACGAUUUUGAGAUCGUACCACUUGAGCGUGACAUGGACGAGGUCGACACGUGGGACGCCCAAAACGAAAAUGAGGAUGACAUAAAGGAGCUACAUCGACAAAAAUAUGGCUUGCUUACACCGGAAGCUUUGACACUUGCAUCAAAAUUGGUCAAUCGCGAAAAAACGCGGACCGAUCUGAUCAAUGACGGCUUCCACCGACAGACAUUCAAUGAUAAGGAUGGUCUCCCGUCUUGGUUUCUGGAUGAAGAGCAGAAAUAUUACCGGACAAACUUGCCCAUCACCAAAGAUGCUGUCGCUGCCAUUCGAGCGAAGCAACGGGCCCUUGAUGCUCGACCCAUCAAGAAGGUAGCCGAAGCAAAAGCGAGAAAGAAGAUCCGUGCUGUGCGGCGACUAGAAGCCGCCAUGAAAAAAGCUCAGGGUGUGAGUGAUACGACAGAAAUGUCAGAGCGAGAGAAGGCGGCCCAGAUCGAAAAAUUGAUGAAGAAAGGUCUUUCCAAAGGAAAGAAGAAGGAAGAAGUCAAAGUAGUGGUGGCCAAGGGCGUUCAUAAGGGUCUGAAAGGACGGCCAAAAGGUGUGAAGGGCCGAUAUGUUAUGGUUGACGCAAGGGGAAAGAAGGAGUUGCGAGCAACUAAGCGGCGAGCGCAGAAGAAGGGAAGGAAACCAUAG